AUGGGACCUACUUUAAAUAAAAAAAAUAAUAAUAAUGCUAAAACAAAUAAUAAAAAAUCAAAUAAUAGCAGUAGUAUAGAAGAGAAGAAUAGGAAAAAGUUAAUUGAAGAUUUAGCAAAACAAAGAAAACAAGAAGAGGAGGAAGAGGAGGAAGAUGAUGAUCAAUCAUAUGACAGUGAAGAUGAUGAUGGUCAAGAAGAAGCAGCAGAUGAUAAUGUAAAUGAUAAACACUGGAAGAAUACAAAUCAAUAUAGUAAUCAAGAUGAUAAUGCUGAUAAAGAUGGUGGUGAUCAAGAAGAUGAAGACGAAGAUGAAGAUGAUGAUAACGAUAUCGUUAAAUAUUUAAACAACAAGAGAAAGAAUUCAGAGUUUGAUUUAGAACAACAACAAACAUCAAAAAACAUUAAACAAGAAGAUGAUGACAGUGAAAAUGAAUCAGAUCAAGAAGAAUCAAAUAACAACAACAAUAAUAGUAAUAAUAAUGGUAAUGAUAUCAAGUCAAAACAAAAUAGAAUACCAACUGGUGCAAGAAAAUAUAUGAAGGGUGAAGUCGUUGCUGCUACAGGUAUUAAAAAUCCAGUAUUACGUAAUAGAGUUGAAAGACAAUCUAAAUAUAAAAAAGAAGCAGCGAUCUCUGCAAUGAAAGCUGAAAUUUUAAUACAAUCUGAAUCUGGAUUUAUUGAAGCUGAUGAAAAUGAAAAUACAUAUGAUUUAAAACAGAGUGACAUUGUUAAGGCAGUCGAUAUGCAAUCAAAAGUAAAGGUGUUUGAUUUGACAAUGGAGCACGGUCCCUACUCCAUUGAUUUCACAAGAGAAGGUCGUUAUCUUUUGAAUGCCGGUGAGAAAGGUCAUGUCGCUGUCAUCGAUUGGCAAUCCGGUAAAAAGUUAAUGGAAACUCAUUUAUCACAACCUGCAAGAGAUGCUUGUUUCUUACAUAAUGAAUCAAUGUUUGCUGUUGCACAAAAGAAAUAUACAUAUAUUUAUAAUUCACAAGGAGUACAGUUGCAUCAGUUAAAUAGUCAUCCCGAUCCAAAGUAUCUGACAUUCCUACCGUAUCACUUCUUGUUGGUGAGUGCAGGCAAUCGUGGUAGUCUGGUGUACGAGGACAUAUCGAUUGGUUCGGUGGUUGCCAGACACUCUUUCAAGUACCCAUUGUCUGCGAUGUGUCAGAACCGUCAGAAUGCCGUUAUCAAUCUCGGUUACACCAAUGGUAACGUCGAUCUCUGGAUUCCAAAGUCAAAGGAACCGGUGGUAAAGAUUCUCGCGCACAAGACAUCGAUCACCGCCAUGACCACCAGUCUCUCUGGUAACUACAUGAUCACCGCCGGUCUCGAUAGAAUCGUCAAGAUCUUUGACCUGCGUGCCGGUCAGGCGCAGUACGACUCGAUGGAGGCCGAUCCAUUCGCCAACAAGCGAAUGAAGAGAGAGGCAGAGGUACACCAGCUGCUCGAGAAGAUCCCAUCCGAUAUGAUCUCACUGAACCCAGACCUCGUCGGUACGAUCCACUCGAACGCCAGCACCGAGGAGAACAAGUUCCGUCGUGAGUUCAAGAAGCAGGUCGACAAGAAUCGUGUACAAAUCGAUCCAUCGAAACUCAAGAAAUGGGACGAAGCCAAGAAGUAUCGUAAAGAAAAGAGAGAAACUGAAAUCCUUGCACCAUCAAAGACAAGAGAUGCUCUAUCACAAAAUUCAACUGAAAUCACUGGUGACCGAUCGUCAAAAAGAACAACCUCGUCAUUGCAGGCACUCUGUUUCCACUUGUUUUCACAACCACCUUAUCGCACCCGUCCUCAUCUACCAUCAGAUCUUAGUAGUAGUAGCAGUAGUAAUAACAAUAAUAACAAUAAUAACAAUAAUAACAAUUCACAAAUAGAGAAAUAUCCGUUUACAACUACAACAGCCAAUAUUGUCAAACCCUCUGUACCUUGA